CGGAAGUGUUCUACACCGCCUCUGCAAAGUGCAGCAUUUCGCUACUUUGAAGUUUGCACCCUUCCUUUUUUUGAUCAGGAUGGGGGCACAGUUUCAAGUGCUGUCUCUGAGAAUGAGAAGUGCAAUUUUCUUUCAACAUACUCUGCCGACUUAAUCGAAAUUUCCUCUUCCGGCCAGAAGCGAUUGCGUCCAUUUGAAUGCAAAAUGCCCCGGCUGUUACUGAAUAAGCGACGUACAUGCCUGUCUAACAGUCAGCGUCGAAGGAGGUAUCAUGUGUUGAAAAUAGCCGACUUUCAUUGUUCCUGUGGGUUAAUUGUCCUUUGUACUCUCAGUGCAAGACACACGAAUCAAAAUUUUUUGCCCAGAAUUGCGGCCCAAGCUCAUGUGCGGACUGAAGGCGGCCUCUUACAAGGCAGAGAAAUACGCGCGUCAACUCGAGAACGCCAAUCCGAACCAGACACAUAUAGACGAGCGUGGCUGAGCAGAACGUAUUCCACCGAACGCCUCGCAGAUCCGCCUCCUGGGAAUCUUGUGCCUAUCGUAGAGCACGGCAAAAAGCGAACAAUAUACAGGUGGGAAUGUUGUCAGUGUGGGGAGCCAUGGAACGGCAUAUCAGGAAAUAGCUGUGUGAACUGUGGGCACAUGAGAUGCACGUACUGCUCUAUUACAAAACACGCUGUGUGACUAUUGACGCAGUAUCGGCAUGUCGACCGGCGGACAGAAGCGGAUCUUGAUUUCCCGCCCUUUGAAAGAGGCGCUCCAAUCACGAGAGUAUCUAGAUAGCCUCACAACGAUUUGCCCACGGUGUAGAAUAUCGAAUUACAGCCUGGCACGCCCUGUUUCUCUAGCGUAUCUAUUUGUACCAGUCAAGAGUGCGCACGCAACAGAGAAAACGAAAUGGGAUGGACACGUAUCCGCAUUUAAUUCGACCAGCUAAUUUCAGGACCGUCAUCUGGUGUUGUUUAUCAUAUCGAGAAAUCGUAAGAGCAAGUAACCAAAGCGUAACUUAAUUCGCUUUUCCUUGCACAGCCCUGAGGAGAGUACUGCAGCAGAUAUACGUGUUGCUGCGAUGAAAACUGUCAUUUGGAAGCUCGUAAGCUUGAGGGCACCACCCACUCUUUAGUCUGCAGCCUUUUACACUGCCAAACGAUAUAUACACCUGAAGUGCUUAAUCCUUGAUCUGUUGCUCCUUGUUUAACUAAGCAACCUCAAUGAUCAAUCACAAAACCACAAAUCGCAGUACUUGGGGCAAGGUGUUUGACGUGAACAGGAUUAACGAUGAUAUCCCUUACGUUCAAAGAAAGCGAGAGGAGAGAGCCAAGAAGCCAUCGAGUUCAAAACAGUCCAAAGAUGAAAGCGUUAACCUAAGGGAAGAGCAUUUGGUGUCCCCGCGGGCUCAGCAUGUAUCUUGCACCCUCAGCGAUUCGGACGAAAGGCCUCUGAUUCGUGAUUUCCUGACGCACUCCCCGUGGGAGUCCUGGGAUGGUAGACCACAUUCCAAAGACUGGACAAUCAAGCAGUUUUGUAGAAGAGUCUGUCGCGCUGGUUACAAAAACGAUCCCUUGGGCCUGAGACCUAGCGCGACACGAAUAGAUGAUCGGAACGAAGGUGGAACGAUCCGCGUGAGAGGUGGGAAUCAAUUAUCACCUGCGCAGCUUUUGGAUUUGCUGUCGGAGAAGCGCUUUAAUCAUCCCCACAAGCCUGACUCGCUGAGACGGAUUGUCAAAAUCGAAGACCCUAAUCCUUAUCAUUUUGUUGCCCUUACCGAAACUGCAGUUAUGCAUCAACGACAACCACUAACUAAUGCGAUGAAUGAUUUCGGGAAAUUCCGGUCGAGGAUCAAAGUGGAUAUCCCUAUCCAAGGCUGCUCUCGAUUUGAGCUCACAUUUAGUCUACCCUACUAUGCAUUGCGGUGUCUGAAAGAAAAGCCGAAAUUUGGAGAAUGGAAAGACCUUUCUUUCUUCAUGGACUCAAUUCCAGAUAAAAAAUACAUGAUAUGUCGAAAACGAGCCACUGUUGCUCUCUAUGGUGGAAAUAACAAGAUAUGGUUUGCUUUGGGACUAUUCGACUCCGUGCCGGCGAUGUCAGAGGAUGACGAUGACGAUGAUGAUGAUGACGAUGAUGAUGAGGAUGAGGAAAGUGAGAACGAAGGCUCUGAAAUUGACGACGAUGAGACCCCAGACAUGGACGUGCUUAUCACCAAGUACGAGAUCGGCCACAACGUAUCGGACGCUAGAGAAUACUUUUUAACAGCUAUGUUUGAUGUAACUGAAAAGGCUCUAAGCAACUGGCAAUGGAUCAACGACAUGCUUCUAGAAAGUAUUCCGAAACUUCUUGAGCCUAGUCCUGAUAUUUUUGAUGAGAAAAAGUUACCAGGAACACAUUGCGUGCUGAUCUUGUCUUAUCAGAAUCGGGUUUCGGAGGUUGGGCAGAUAUUAAAUCAGCUCCAGACGCAGCUCGAAAACACAAUACGUGUCUGGAAAAAAUUCCAAGAAGCAUCGGGAGAUAUAAUCUAUUUUGAUGAUGACGCUGCCACCGCUACAUAUUCAAAACUCCUCAAGCAAGUGAAAAAAAUUUUCGAAGAGCUUGAAGAUAUACUAGAGGAGCUAAACAAAUUGGCUGGCUUCUGCUGGCAGCGGUCCAUGCAAGUUCGAGAUGCCAUAGACCAACAAAAAAUGUUGCUAUUCAUAGAUACCUUGCAGUCCAACAGAGAGCAUGUCAAAAUAUCCAAGGAACAGAUGGAGCUGGUGAACAGUGCUCAAAAGUGCUCGGAGUGGUCUCAGCGAGUUGCGACCGUUACCUUCUUGAUUAUUGCACCGGGAGCUCUUUCAACUGCAUUCUUUGCCAUGCCCAAGACCGCAGUUCCUAUUCCGGUAACAUUUAGGACAUUUUGCCUUGUCUUCUUCAUCCUUGCCAUUGUUCUUUUUGGAUGUGUGAAGCUUGUCUCGCUUUCCGAAUCCUGGAGAAAGCCAUCGUUCAGAUUUGGCCUCGUAUUGUCUUCAAUCCCUGGUGCGGUUUUUGCACUUCCUUCCGCUGCAUCGCCAUACUUCCAAUGGCCAGAGUUCAAAUUCUCGCUAGUCACGAGAGUACCAUUUACGCGAAAGAGAGCCCCGUCAGCUGAUUCUAGUAUCGAUGUCGAGAACCAAUCCACGUCUACCUGAAUGGUGGUUUUCUCG